GUUCUCCGUGUGGCUCUCUGGCCGGCGCGUCUUUAGGCUAAUUUUUGCUUUCGUCUUCCUUCUUGCGCUUUGAUUGAUGAUCUUUUUGGCGCCUUCGCGUGUCCCGGGGGAUUAUCCGCCGCCGCGAUUCUUGGCCACGGGAGGAUAGGCGGAGCUGCCGCGAUCGCGAUCCAGGCGCAGGUUUUCUCUGGGGAAAUCUCCAUUGCGAUUCCGCAGGAUGUCGACGAAAGAUCUCGACAGGGAGCAAAUGAGCUCCGCAUCGGAAAAGAGGGCUUCCGUGUAUGCGGGCUGGAUCUACCAUGUCGGGAGUAACUCCAUGGGGUACCAGUUUUGCAAUCCGCGGUACCUCGUGAUCAAGGGGAAGUAUGUGGAGAUGUAUAAGCGCGAUCCCAAUGAUUUUCCCAGCAAGAAACCGAUUAGAAGGGGCGUGGCUGGGAAAUUUACAAUGGUGAAGGAAAUUGGGAGGCAGAUUUUCCAUGGCCGGGUCCUUUAUGUGCUUAAGAUCUAUAGUCGAGUUGACCAUGGCAAACAUGGUGAAAUUGCUUGCACCAGCGCUGAGGAAGUCGAAAAAUGGAUGUCAGCAUUCCGUCACGCCAAAGAGGAGGCGGAGUAUGUAUCGAACAAGCUAAGCUUCAUAAACAAUGAGACAGAGUUUAACGUAAACGGGCCACGAUACCACUCUAAAUCGUAUCUGAGCAAACUUAUUUACAUUGGACGAGGUCCCGAGUCCUUGCUGCGCCGCCCCUCGAUGGUCGCACAGGAUCCUCUGCCAGCAGUUUCGUACACUAAGCAAGCUGGUGAUGCUGUAGAGCAGACUGAUUGGAGAUGCUUUCGCACCGUAAACGGCUUGAGAAUCUUUGAAGACAUCAAGUCCGAGAACGGGGCCAUAAUGAAAUCUGUUGGCGUAGUCGAAGCAACGCCAGAAAUGAUAUUCGAGAUGAUCAUGACUCUGGAUAUUUCUUUGAGGCAUCAGUGGGACACCUUGACUGGGCAAUUGGAGCUUGUGGAGCACAUAGAUGGGCAUACGGACAUUGUGUACGGGACGUUUGAUCCUAAAUACUUCAAGAGGUGGAGCAGCCUCUUUAGCUAUAAAAGAUAUUAUGUGUUCUCUCGCUAUUGGCGUCGGCAUCAGGACGGCUCUUACUACAUUACACAGAUGGAAGUUUCUCACAAAGGGGCUCCUCGUAAGCCCGGGUACAGAAAAAUCACACUUAAUCGUAAGAAGAGAUUUUCAGCUUUACUUGACAUUCGUGUGGUUUCUUUAGCUGGAGUGUGGGAGAUUACUCCCCUCCCAUCGAAACCAGGAACUGGGACUCCAAGGUCCCUUGUCACCCAGAUCAUGGAGAUUAAGUCUACCGGCUGGGGCCGCUGGAAGAAAAGCCACUACUCCAAGUUCCACGCGACGGUUCCAUAUGCAAUGCUAUGUCGCACGGCAGGAUUAAGAGAGUACUUCUCCGCAGAAGCCCUGCACGGGGUAGAAGAGCGCCUGGUUACAAAGAGCAUCGUUAACCACGAUGAAUCUACUUGCGAGACAACAAGACUUUCGCAGGUUGAAACCAACGAAGAGUUUUAUGACGCUAUUACGGCAGGAGAUCCAGCCGAUGAGGACGACGAUGACAGUGAAGAAGAGGAGAAGAAACCGCUGAAUAAGACAGGAUCACACAAGCUUCGAAGGGUUACGUGGGGAGUCAUGCUGUUAUCUAAACGGCCUCCAGCUCCCGGGGACAAUGGAGAACUUAUGUUGGGCUGCUCAGCCAUGGAAAUAAAUAUGAAGCUCUUCAAGAGCACUCUUCGCCAUCAAAGUUCUGAAAAAGAUCAAAACUGCUGGUGCGAUCCUGGUGGUCAAGGAUUUAUGGUUAGAGGGAAGACGUACAUGAAAGAUUACUUGAAGGUGCCUGGAGGAGAUCCUCUUUUAAAACUUCUAACAGUCGACUGGCUAAAGUCAGACGAUAAGAUUGGUGCAAUUGCAAAGCAUCCGGCGUCUAUUGUCCAGACCCCGGCCGGGAAAGCAUUGCCAUUCAUCUUUGUAGUUAAUCUACAGGUUCCGGCUAAACCGAACUACAGCCUUGUGUUCUAUUAUGCUGCCGACAGACCAAUUCGGCCCGGUUCUCUCCUGGAUAAAUUUGCGAACGGAGACGACGCAUUCAGAAAUGCACGGUUCAAACUGAUUCCUAGCAUUGUAGAGGGGUAUUGGGUUGUGAAGCGAGCCGUGGGUACAAAGGCCUGCUUGCUUGGACGAGCCGUGACUUGUCAUUACAUCCGCGAAGACAAUUAUUUUGAGAUUGACGUAGACAUAGGAUCAUCGUCUGUUGCGCGAGGAGUGAUUGGAUUGGUUCUGGGUUACGUGACAAACAUCGUUGUGGAUCUUGCUGUCUUGAUUGAGGCCAAAGAAGAGAGUGAACUGCCGGAGUAUCUCUUGGGCACAACAAGGAUAAACCGCAUUGUGCCAGAGGAUGCCAAGGCGUACGAGACACCCUUAAAUCUUUGUUCAAGGCAGUCACUACCCAUGUGACAAAAAAGCAUGGUCUGUGGAUACAAAAUUUUGGUAGACACGACACGACUUGGUCCUGUGCAUAAUUCUAUGCGGUUUGUAAAGAAUUCAUUUAUAAAGUCUUUUACACGUUUGUUCCGGAAA